AUGGACCUAGAGAGUGAGUGGCGAGAAAAUCCACACGAAACUGCGCGGUUCGAAGUGCUGCUCGAGCGCGUACUCGGCAACGGCACUGACUCGGACACUGUGACGACUCCUGAACCGUCGUUGAAGGUACCAGCUUCCUCGUUGCGGUUGCAGCUGGCUCCACAAGCUGGCGAAAGACUUGACUGGGAAUCAGAGGCGGACGCUGCACACCACAGAGGAAACGAGGCGUUUCGCGCGCGUUUCCUGUACUACGCGUGGCUCGAGUACACCCGUGCGUUGCUCUCUAAACCAACGAACGCAGCUGUGUAUGCGAAUCGAGCGCAGGUAGAUUUGCUGCUGGCACAAUCCGUUCCCGAACAUUCGCUAUCAACUGCUGUUGACUGGUACCAGCAAGCGCGGCGAGACGCACGACACGCGUGGGGUUGCCUCGGCGGGAGCGUUACCGCUGAAGGCAACCCUGACUGGGACGAGCGCUCUGCCACCGCGUCUAUCCCUGAACCCAAACUAGCCCGUUUGCGAUGGAAGGUGUGUUUACGGUACGCAGCAGCGGCUCGCGGACUAGGUUUGGUGGCUGAGGCAGACGCCGCAGCUGCGAGCGCCCAGCGCCUGAAACUUGCUGCGCGAGCGUCUCAGCAACGACAGCGAAACGCAAGCUUCUAG